CCUGUGCCCUAUACGUCAUUACGUACCUUGCUGGUCUAACGGACAGAAUGGACGCUUCAAGAAAACGUAGGACCUCUCUAGCCAUCCAGCUUGAAGAACAGUCUGGAAACAUAACGGAUGAAAUACGGAAAGAGAUCAGGGAAACCUUCGAACUGUUCGAUUCAGACCAAGAUGGGAAACUGUCCACAGCCGAGAUAGAAAAUGUACUCGACAAUCUUGGAAUGUCGACCAACAAGGGUGUGAUUGAUGACGUCAUAAAGAGGCUGGAUGCCGAUGAAAACGGAACGGUUGAGUAUGAUGAAUUUGAGGCCUUCAUCACUAACAGUGGUUUUUUGAAGUCUCUCCCAGACGAAACGGACCAAGACAUGUUGGCAGCCUUCCAAGUUCUCGACGCUGAUGGCGACGGCUAUAUUACCAAGGAUGAGCUCACUGACUUCAUGUCACGCUUCGGAGAAAAGAAAACGGAAGAGGAAAUACAGGAAAUAAUCAAAGAGUCGGACACAAACAAAGAUGGCCGGAUUAGUUAUUCUGAAUUCAUAAAGCAUAUGGCGCCGAACCUGUAAUGGGCAGAGAUCGCUGUUAAACUAUUUACAUAUUCAAUCAGUAUAUAAUAACUGAGUGGUAUUAUGAUGUAUGACAUUGGGCAGUAUGUAAAUUAUAUAUUAGUAAUGAUUGUGUGUGAGACCCGGGUGAUAUAAGGUAAAUAUCAGUG